AGAAGUGAAAGUAACGCGAUUGGUUCGGCUGGUUCCUAAACACAGAAAACAUCAGUUUCCGUCAACCAGCAGCUCGCUAUAGACGCAAAGGCUAAAUAAAACCGUGUUUUGAGAAUAUAGCGCACCUGCAAAUAAUGGGAAGGAGUGUUGUGCACUCCUAUACCGCUGUCAGCUGUGUGUUUGUCGCUCAGGCCCGUUAGGCCCGAGUCAGUUAGCGUUAGCUGCCUGGAGCUGUCGUUCACGCUCGCGGGGGCAAAAUGGUGGUGUUGUUGAAUCCACUGGAGAAUCUAAAGACCUACAUAAGUAACCGUCCACCGCUGGUCAUUUUUAUGGUCAGCGUCAGUGCUGUGGCUAUCGCUUUCCUCACUAUAGGAUACUUCUUUAAGAUCAAGGAGAUUAAAUCACCUGAAAUGACUGAGGAUUGGAACACCUUCCUUCUCCGAUUCAACGAGCUUGACUUUUGCAUCUCAGAAAACGAGACCCUCAAGCACAGCUUGAAUGAGUCAAUCUCUCCAGAGAGCACAGUGACCAGCAGUCAACCGCGAUCCAGCACCCAGUCACCACCCCUGCUGGAGGACCCAGGUCCGAUCAACAUCUCUGUGCCCAUCACAUUGACACUGGAUCCGCUGAGGCCAUUUGGGGGCUACUCACGCAAUAUUACCCACCUUUAUGCCAGUGUGCUUGGGCAGCAAGUUGGCCUUGCUGGCAGAGAGGCCCAUGAAGAGAUGAACAUCACUUUCACUCUGCCGGUAGCCUGGAACUCAGAUGACUGCGUUCUGCAUGGUCGUUGUGAGCAGAUGGUCUUCAGCACCUGUCUGACCAUCACAGCAGCAAGUAAUGUCUUCCCAGUCACAGUGCAGCCACCUCACUGUGUCCCAGAGACCUACAGCAAUGCCACAUCCUCGUACAAGAUUUUCACCACAGCACGAGAUUCAGAAACUAAGUACACACUGGAGUACAAUCCGUUUUGGUGUUACAAAGGUGCCAUUGGGAAGGUGUAUCACACACUGAAUCCCAAGCUCACUGUCAUCGUUCCAGAUGACGAUCGCUCUCUCAUUAACCUGCACCUCAUGCACACCAGCUACUUCCUGUUUGUGAUGGUCAUCACAAUGUUCUGCUAUGCAGUCAUCAAGGGCAGGCCAGGCAAAGUUCGACAGAACAACCCAGAUUUCUGUUCAGAAAAGGUGGCCUUGUCUGCGGGAUAAACGGGGGUUUGAAGGUGGACAUCUGAACCGAAGCAUAUCGCAAAGGGAAGUGAGAAAACUACAUGUUGCCUACUGAACCCAGGAGAAGGGUGCAAAAAAAAAAAAGAAGCUCUGUGAAUGCAUUACUCUGCAAUGUUGGGUCACUCCAACCAAAGACUUUUAAGUGCCUGUAUCUACUGUGUAAAUAAUUCUAGGACUCUUAAAUUCAGUACAGAAGCAGUCUGCCUGAGCUUCCCCCUGCACCCUGUGCCAUCCUGUAUAUGUUCAGUAUAUCCAGUAUCAACAGAGGACAGUGUUUGACUAGAGCUGUUCAGAUGGGCAAUAUCACCUCCACUAAAUCCGAUCCCUUUUCACACUCGCUCUUUGUGUUCUUGAUCAAAACACUUCCUGUUUGAUUUCUCUGGAAGUGACCUUUGCCUUGCCAUUCCUCUCGUGUCUCUUUGAGGACAGGAAGAUGUGUGGAUCUCUGCCAUGUACCGUGAUCAACCUGCUGGUCAUGACCUUUGGACGAGUUCUGCUAGAGAUAACCGCAGGCUUCUGUAUGACAUGCUUCUUUUAUCAUCGGAACCCACGGUUUUAUUGUGAACAUGUCUGACUGAGAUGCCCGACUGGAAGUUGACGCAGCGCUCGAUUAAAUUCCUCUUAAAAGCAAAUAAAAACAUAAAACAUCUUACUCAGAAUGUCACCAUGUUAGUGAGUCGAGAUAAGAUGCCUGCUCUUGGAUCGAUGGAUUUGUUUGUUGAAAUCUGAAUUAACGCAAUGAUUAAUGGCUUUGGCUUCAUAUUUCUGAACACUUCAAAUUAAUGUAUUUGUAAAAUCAGCAAAUUAACAGCAAUGAUGCAGCAUCGCUCUCUUGUAUAUUUAACAUUGUAGUUUAAAAAAUGUAAAUCAUUACUGUAGAUAUUUUUUGUAAUCACAUUACCUGUCUUCGUUUUCCAGUUUUGUUUUUACAAAACCAUUUGUACCUUUAUCCAUUUCUCUACCAUCCAUUGUGUUGCCUUUUUAUUGUUACGUUUCAUGCCUCAUUUGAUGCGUAAGCUAUGCCUCCGCAAUAUCUGACCUGUCUUUUUGCCUUCCAAAUCUUAUUUUGUUAUUCUUAUUGUCAUUAGGUUUUCAUUUCCACCCAAUGAAAUGCAUAUCAUGCAUCAUAUCGCAUGAGACAUAUAUUACGAGAGAGUGCUUUCCUCCUCCAUUCUGUCUAGUUCAAGCUCCUAUUUGGUUUUGCAUUGCAUCUUUGUCUUCUCCACCUACAAAGUUUCACCGCUCUUUAUCGACGAACGCAUUUUUCCAUCAUGACUUGCUUAAUUACGGCCCUCAUCGGAGUACAUCAGCACUCCCCUUCUUUCGCUCUAUAUUAAAGCCCAUAAUAAACAAGCAUCAGACCACUAACGUGCCUUUGCACUGUCACCCAUGUUCACCUGACUGUCUUUUAUAUUUAAGACCCGGUUCCUCCUUCGGUUCAACCUGCUGUAUUCAUUUUGAAUUGAAAGAAAUCCUUAUGUACAGCUCACAUGGACUUCCUCACCAUUUCAUAUCCAAUUCAGAGUCAAAACUUCAGUGUUGUUUGGGAAAGAGUGGAAUUCACUUGUGCUUUUUCUGUUGAUGUAUUAUAGCGAACACUUGUUUGUGUAACUCGCCAAAUCCAUCCUACAAUAACUAGUUUGAUAGAU